AUACUGCAUCUUUAAUGUACUUUGGUUUUUUAUCUAUUAAUAUUGACGUGAAACGUAAAUUAAUAGCCAUCAAAAUUGUUAUUACCAGAACAAUAUUCAAACCGUAACUGAAUCGGUAAUUCGGAAAAAGUAUUUAAUCAAACACUAUCGGCUCGUUAAAUUGAAAAAUGAUGCCAUUGGUCCUUAAUGACAAAAAAGAGGUAAGCGAAAUUUUCGGUUUCCUCUAUUGGUGUAUUCUGUACAGUGACAGUUUUAUCUCUCAGUGAUUGGUCGAAAAGAAAAGUAACGUUCAGUCUCGCGGAUAAAAAUGGCCGUGGUGUUGUCUUCGGUGUGCUUUGCUUGACUAAUUUCUCGUAAAACUUUGCAAGCUUUUAAUUAAUUAACUUUUCUAAGCUAUUGUGUAUUUAAGGGAAGUGCUUUUUUGUUUGAGUGACUACCAAUUGUGUUACGCGACUGUGUAAAAUGUCUGAUAGCACAAGCCCAAGCGUGCUAAGUUACUUGAGACAGUAUAGGUUUCAGAAAAAACCGAAUGACGAUGGCAGCAACAGCAUAGUUACUAUGUCUGGCCCUUCUGCGACCGCCCAACCUCAAAGCAGAAUGCCAGCGCCAAAUACCGUAAACAGAAACGGGCCUAUGGUGUACAAACGCAUCAGGGUGCCAGACUCUGACUCCGAUGAACCUGCAUCACCAGCCAAGAAGAUCAUUGUUACCAGUCCGGUGGUGGUGACGUCACAGCCGCCCAGCCAGCAAGCGCAACCGCAGCCCCUGACUACUGCCAUCAGGGAGAAACGGUUUAGGAACAUGCUGGAAAUGUUUCCGGAAGUUUCUCCAAUGUUCAUAAAAAACACCCUGGUAAAACACGGCUGGAACGAAGAACGGUCAAGAGACGAGCUCCUCAAACACGACCCUGAAAGCAACGACCGCGCGCCAACAUCCUCCUCCUACCAGGGAUCCCGUCCGGGAUUCUCCGGACAGCGGUCCAACGGAUCCAACAUGGGUGUUGUCCGCGUAACCAGUAAACCGGCCGGUACUGGGGCUACUACGGUGGUGGUUAGGAAACCGCUAGCGGCGCAGGGUGGGAGGGCCAGGAGAGGCAGCAGUGGGAGUGAGGAUGAUGAUUAUGGGGUCAGGAAGGGGAAGGAUGAUCGGGUGUAUGAUAGUGACGAUUCAGACAACGAAGUGACGGACGACCUGAUCGGUGACAAACGGAAAGUGUUCGAGUUCCUCAACAAAAGCAGUCUCAACGAGUUGUCGCUGCUCAGCGGUUGCUCUCAAAAGAAGGCUGAGGCGAUUAUCGCGCAGAGACCGUUCAAAGGCUGGCUAGAUAUGGUAGAAAAAUUCAACAGCAUCAAAAUGCUAAGUACAGACCUCCUCAACUCAACCCAAGAGCUGCUGACCACCAGAAACAACAUUCAAAGGCUGAUGAAGAAAUGUGUGGGGCUGGCUCAGCAGCUAGAAUCGGCCGUGGCGGCGGGAGCGGGCCGGCUCAAUCAACCCGCCAUAUUGGACUCUAGUUUAACUUUAGCCCCAUACCAGCUAGUUGGUCUCAACUGGCUUGCAGUGCUACAUAAGCAAGGUGUCUCCGGAAUCCUAGCCGAUGAAAUGGGACUUGGAAAAACUGUGCAAGUCAUAGCGUUCCUGGCACAUUUGAAAGAGACCGGACAAGCCAAGGGCACUCAUCUGAUUGUCGUUCCGGCUUCUACACUUGACAACUGGAGCGGCGAACUGUCCCGCUGGUGCCCCGCCAUACGCGUGAGCAAGUACUACGGCCAUCCCGAGGAGCGCCGCCAGCUGCGGAUACAGUACGCGCGAGGCAUGGACGAUAUAGAUGUCAUACUUACCACGUACACGAUGGUGAGCAGUUGCCCAGAAGAACGCAAGAUGUUCCGCAUAACGCCGCUACACUACGUCAUCUACGACGAAGCUCACAUGCUCAAGAACAUGUCUACCCAGAGAUACGACAAUUUGCUUAAAAUUAAGUCGAAACACCGUCUCCUCCUAACGGGUACUCCGCUCCAGAACAACCUACUCGAACUGAUGUCGCUGCUCUGCUUCGUGAUGCCGCAUAUGUUCUCUGGGAAAACGGACGACCUUAAGAGCUUGUUCCAGAAGAAUGCAAAAUCCCUCCGAACCACAAAGAAAGGCGACGGCACCAAGGAAGACGACGUUCCCCCGUUCGAACAGAGCCAGAUCACGCAAGCCAAACGCAUCAUGAAACCUUUCGUGCUGCGUCGGUUAAAACGCGAUGUGCUACAAGACCUGCCUAAGAAGACGAAUCAUACGGAGCUGUGCGCCAUGUCAGAUCGGCAGGAGAAGCUGUAUAAGCAUCUCAUUGCUGGGUUCGCGGCUAAAGAUGGAACGAUCCACGCAACAAUGGAACAAAGCGGCAUUUCCAUGAUGAUGGACAUGCGAAAACUUGCCAACCAUCCCUGCCUACUCCGUUAUUUCUACGAAGCUGACACCGUCCGGACUAUCGCGAAGCGCCUCGCCAAGGAUCCCACAUACAAGGAGAAAAAUGAGCAAUACGCGUUCGAAGAUCUCAUGUGUCUAUCGGACUUUCAGAUACACCAGCUCACUCAAACCCAUAAUAGUAUAAGCCAAUUCGCUCUCCCAAUAAGCCUCAUCUUAGAUUCCGGCAAGUUCCUCAAACUGGACGAGAUGCUGCCGAAACUGAAGGAGGAAGGUCACAGAGUACUGGUGUUCAGCCAGUUCACCAUGAUGCUGGACAUCAUCGAGCCGUACCUCACUCACCGCCAGUACCGGUACUUGAGGCUGGACGGACAAACCGCCGUCACGGACAGACAAGACCUAAUAGAUCAAUACAACGCCGAGGACAUAUUCGUGUUCCUACUGUCGACGCGCGCCGGCGGACUCGGCAUCAACCUCACCGCCGCCGACACCGUCAUCAUUCACGACAUCGACUUCAACCCGUACAACGACAAGCAGGCCGAGGACAGAUGUCAUCGAAUGGGCCAAACGCGACCAGUAACCAUUUACCGCCUGCUGAGCUCGGGCACUAUCGAGGAGGGCAUCUACCAGGUCGCACAGGAAAAGCUCAAUCUAGAGAAGGAGGUCACCGGCGCUGACGAAAACGAUACUCAAGAACAAAAGAACGUGGUGCGACUUCUGUCCGCCGCGCUCGGCCUCACCACGAACAAAUGAUAUUCAGCCGAGCAAGAGCCAGUGCUACCUGCAACGCAGUGACUUUGUAUAGGUUAGUCAAUAAUGGGUUGAUAACUGACUGUGAACCUUAUUGGUGUGUGUUAAGGUCUAUGAAUGGUUAGCUAUGUGUGUUAGUACCGAUCGGAACUUCUGGCUGGAUUUAAACAAACUGUAUGUAACAAAUCAAACAAAUGAUAUUCGGCCGAGCAAGAGCCAGUGCUACCUGCAACACAGUGACUAUAGGUUACAGUGGCGGAUCGUUCAAAGAACUCGAUUCCCACCGGCUUGUCUAAUUUUAGCCCGUUGAGUACUUUCACGAUCGGUUUAUGGAGAAAAGGAAAGCAAAAUUAGCUCCGGGUUUCCUACGAAUAUUUGUGACGCACCGCCACUGAUAGGUUACUAAAUAAUGGGCAUGUUAAUUGUGUAUAAUUGAACUUUAAUGCUGUGUGUUAAGAUCUAUGAGUGAUCAGUUAAGUGUUGUGCUGAUUGGAACUUUUUAAGACACCAAUUUGAGAAUUAUCUUCAAAAACUACAACCACUUGCUUGCCCGGCGAGUUUUGACAUCAGCGAUUUAUUAUUUAUAUGGCAACAAUUUUACCUUUGAAAUUAGAUUUCAGUUUCAUUAGCCAGUGUUUUUAAUUAAAUGUGGUUAGACAAUGGGCAUUAGAAAAAGAUACAGUCUGUCAGAAAUUCCGAUCCGUACAAUGCUUUCUAGUAGUUCCAUGGAACUUAUUGCCCGAGUAUGAAUGAACUCUAUUACUUAGGUGUUAAGAACAGUCCCAUGGAACAAAUGGGAAAUACCCAAUUUUGUAUGUGCAUUUGAAAAUAAAUGAUUGAUGAAUUUGAAUGGUUCUUGAUUGGAAGAUUAUUGUGAAUAAUAAUUGUAAAUUGUAUUUAAAUUUAUCUCUAUGUUAUUGAAUUAAGGUACGUUUCCGGUAUUGUAGACUUUGUUUUGUUUUUUUUUUUUAUUCGCAUCUAAAUUUUUGACCAACAUACGUUUUAUAAAGCUUGACUAGAAAUAAAAACUUAACAGACCACCAAGUUUAACAGUAUUAAUGAUAGUGUAUUCACUAUAAACAAUGUCUGGGAUACACUGUUUCUGAAACACUAUACAGAUGUUUACAGAAAUAAUGUUUUUGCUCACAUAGUGUGGACGGUCUCAGAUACGGUCACGUCUGAAAUUUUUGAUACGAAAAAAGCGCCAAAGAUAUGUAUUCACGACUUUAUUGCCCAUAUAUUAAGGUAGUGUAUGCAUAUUUUUGGCACUUUUUUCGUAUUGAUAUUUUCAGACGUGACUGUACAAUGAACGUGGCGAUUAACAAUAUGACGAUGAUGGGUGUUAUUCAUAAAGCUUUACGGGCCUGAUUUAGUUAAAUUAUGUUUUGUCCCUUUCUUACAAACACGUACGUCAAAAUGACAGGUAAAUAUUAUAUUAUUCAUAGCUAAUUCAGGCCAGUAACGCGUUUAUGAAUAACGCCAAUAGUGUUAACCGCAACUGUUUCCUAGUUUCGGAAACACGUGGAUUUAUGUUUCUGAAACCGUGUUUCUAAACAAAAUGUUUAUAGUGAAUACGCGGGUUUCGAGUGUUAUCACACUGACGAGUUGCGGGCUAGUUGAAAGCGAAGCGAAGGCGCAGCGAUUCGUUUCGUACUAAGAUACUGGAAUUCAUUAAAAGUUCGUUGCGCGCUGGCAGCAAAAUCGUUACGUGCUCGCGGCGAACUCACUGCCAGGACUGCCAGAUCGUAUAAUUCGAUACGAAUUUCGUAUAAUCGGACUGAUUAUCGUAUCUAUUAUGUAUAGGUAGUCGUUAGGUACUCAUAUAAUUGGAUACGAAAAAACGCGAAUGGUUAUUUCGCAUUUCUAUUUCAGCACGGGAUUAACAGAGACGGAUUGCCAACUUGAUAAUACAAUACGAUGACGGUAUGGGUGGUUUUUCUCUUUAGACUCACCAUUUGAUCGGUUUGGUGUUCUAUAUGAUGGGUGUUUGAGACGUGUUUUACUUUUUUGUGCUGUGUUUCAGCGCUACUUAUUAAGGGAUUUUAGUUACUACUUACUAUUCUUACUAAAUAAAAGUCGGUUUUUGAAGUAAGUAAUAAAAAAAAGGGUAUAAUCGUUUUCGUAUAAUGCAAUCGAAUUUCGUAUAAUUUUUGCCGUUCGACUGUAUAAUCAAGCUUCAUGUACUGGCAGCCCUGCUCACUGCGCGCUCGGUUCGCUUUCAAAUUGCCCGCAACUCGCCAGUGUGAUAGAUACAGCUGUUGUUAAUGGGUGACGUGUUUAAAAUUACUUUUUUUUUUCUAAGUAAUGUGUGAUCAGAUCAUAUUGAACAUCGCAGGCUUAGCUUCUGCUGCUGGAUGUACCUGGAAAUUGAUUAACACAGAUUCUGAUUUUGAGGAAAUGUGAAAUUGAAAACAUUGCGAUAUAUUAUAAUUUGAAACAAUAUAUUCAAAGAUGUGAGUUAAAAUAUAAUAUAAGUAUAGUAGGUACUUUGUACAAAAGAUACUGUUGCAAUGCCAUGGACACGUAUCUGUAUUGAUUUUGAAUACUGCUUGGUUAUUGAUUAUAAUAAUGUACAGUCGCCAUCAGAUAUAUCAGAGCGGCCGAGGUGCUCAAAUAUAUCUGAACACGUACUCUAUCGCCUCGACAAUAGAGGCGUGUUCAGAUGUUUUUGAGCACCUCGGCUGCUCCGAUAUAUCUGAUGGCGACUGUACAGUAGGCAACUUCACAUACAAAUAAAAGGAAAGCUUUUCUUACUGUACCUAUUAUAAAAAUUACUUCAUACUCGUAAUUCAUAUUCAAUGCGUUGACAUAAAGUUGUUUUUUAAUUGUAAGUUUCGUAACGUACAGUACCGAGCAAAAGUGUCGCAACAGUAUUGUACAGUCAAGGUAUUAAAUAUCGAUACGCACAAAGUGCCAAAAAUAUGUAUACACGACCUUGUUGCCUAUAUAUUAAGGUAGUGUGUACAUAUUUUUGACACUUUGUCCGUAUCGAUAUUUAGUACCUUGACUGUACCACCUUUGUUUUAAACCUCACAUAGAUAGCAUUUAGUACCCCAGAGUAAAACCACCAAAGUGAUUAUUUGCUACAAUAUGGGUUGUUGAAAUUUAUAGAAACAGUUUGCAAAUUGAAUAAAACCCUUAACAUCAACACCAAAGAUACUAAAUUAACAGAGAUUUCAUUAACAUUGUUUAAAGUGUAUUAUCGUUAGCUUAUUAUACAGUAAACUAAUGUGGCAGUAUGCAGUAAUUGGAGAAUUAAUCUUGAAACGCGAUUAACCACCAUUUUGGAGUCAACGGCCGGUAGUCCACGUGCUACUUGUAAAGUCCAGCUAUCGCUUUAGAAGGGCUAAUGAAAUCACCGUUAAGUGUCUUGUACUAACCGUACAAUUUUAGUCGUAAUUAAAUCACAAAAUUUUACUUUGCUAACCCGCGAAAAGAUCAUCAUCAUCGUCUCCUAGCCGUUUUCGGCCACAGCAACUGCUUUCUACCGCUGAGAGUGUCGCUGGUGCGCUCUCAGGUGACUGACGUAGCCAAUCUUAGCAGCGAAUGUGCGGCCACACUCGCUGCAGGUCAGCACCCCUCCUACGUAAUUAUAUGUUAAUCCAUAUUAAUUAAAACACAAAAUGUUACUUUCCUAAUCCGCGAAAAUAUAACGUGUUAGUCAAUCAUUGCGUAUUUUUACAUGCAAUUUUACUGUUCAGUCGUCGGACUUCGAACCGUCAACAUCUUCUGAGGAUGCCUCGUAGAGACGCGAAACACGUGUCGAGUUUUAUACUGUCGGUGGUGGAUUGUUAUAUUUAUUUGCAUAUUUAUUUUUGCGGUGGGAACCCUCCUUAACACAUUAACAUUAAUAAAAUUGCAUGUAAAAAUACGCAAGUAAGUAUAACGGGUUAGCACCGAUUGACUAGCAUGUUAUAUUUUCGCGGAUUAGGAAAGUAACAUUUUGUGUUUUAAUUAAUAUGGAUUUCCGCAUAGUAACGCCUGAUUCUAUUCGUUAAUUUUAGUCGUAUUUAAAGCUAACUUGAUACUGGCGAAAUAGACCCACUGAACUGCAGCCAUUUAAUAUUAAAAGUAUGAAUGAAUGAAUUAACAGAGAUUUGCAAGAGGUUGCAGUUUUAUAAAUAAGAGGUUAAUAUUAAAAACCCAACAUUGUGUCUAAAUAAAUAAAAGUAUAUGUUUGUUCAACGUUCUACGGUUCUACUUCACAUAUUGUAGCAUAUAUUCAAAUUAUUUUGUAUUAUUUAUGUUAAUUUUCGUUGUAAGUAGUUAAUUUUCAUUGUUCGUUUUAGACAUUCCGUGGUAAAUGUUAUUUAGACAAUCUCACUAUUUUAUUUUAUGAAUUUAAGUUUAAAUAAUUAUGUCUUUGUUUCUAAGUAAAUUUGAUUGUAACCAUUGACUUGUUGCUUUUUCUCAGAAAGGUCUAAGAGUACAUUACGAUACAAGUGCGAAAAAUAGGAAAGACCGAAGGGAGUUCCUAUUUUUCGCACAUGUAUCGUAAUGUACUAUUUACCUACACAGAAUAUGACUUUUUUGAAGACGCCUUGUCUUAAUUUAAAGUGUUAUUUAUCUGACGAAAUUUAAAUAAUAUUUAUACAAUAAGUCUCGCAAUCUAAGAACAGGCAAUGAUAAAUACAUUGUGCCCCCCCCCCCCCCCAAAUACGUAUACAUUUUUUUUUCGAAUGGCUUCUUGAUUAACGUCUUUUACGAAAUGUUAUUAAAACUAGUCAGUUACUGUCAGUCCAAUAAAAAAACAUAUUAUAUUCAAUUAAAUGACAUUCUCAUCCAAAAGUUACCAUAUUUUCGCUUGCCAUAAGGACGCUCUAACAGGUUAUUCGUAUAGAGAUACGAGCAAAUUUCGUCCUUAUGGUGAGCUGCAAUGUGGCACCUUUUGCUUGAGAACGUCACAAAUGUUCUUCUUUAGCAUUAAUACAAACACAAUCGUUUGUUUUUGACAAAAAAAUUACAAUGUGUUUUCGGGCCACGUAUAAAAUUGCUUUGUUUAUACGACGACGUGUCACUGUGUGCGUAGCCUCUACCUUCGAUGUUAACCUUUGUUGCCUAGUUAACGAGUUCCACUUGCCCACUGACUGUCUAUUUUACACAAUAAAAGGUAUCUGAUUAACAAUGUACAUUAUUAGUGGUAAGUUAUUAUUGUAAAUUGUAACAAUUGCUGGCAAAUUGACUUAUUCCUGUUUAUAAUAUGCUGUAUAAUUUCAAUAUUUAAUCGUUCGAUCACCAAAGACGUCAUAUGACGCGCGCGGCUACAGACCAAUAUCAACCUUCAUGCGUACCGACAAGGUUCACGAUUACGCGCCGCGUGCGAUAGGCGUGGCGUUCAAAAGGUUAAAUCUUUUAGCCUAUUAUGGUGUAACAAAACAUAAUUGGAAAAGACCAUUAUAUAUGUACAUACAAUUUAUUUAAAAAAUAGGUCCGCGGAUAUGGCGAUGCAUUUUGUCCAAUUUUUUUUUGUUUCACAAUUUUCUUGUGCUUCUUUAUAUAAUAACACUUAAGUUGUUAUAGAAAUCCAAUUUAGCCCUUCCAAUUUGUGAUGCAUGUAUUCAAAUUCACUUAUAAGAAAAGCACAUCUAAGAGGUUUGCUACAUAACGAAUUAUAAUCUAUGACUGUAUCUCGUGAACCUGUAUAUUAAAUAAAAAGUGAGAUUAUAUUACUUCACACAAACGGAAAAGUGACGUAGUUGUAACGUAGUGUAAACUGUAGACGUAAGAUGUCGCUGCUUGACACACGCAAUCGAAAACGAACCUUAAGCGUUUGCUUUAACGUUCAUUUGUAAAGUGACUGUAUCUAUCGUAGCGUGGAGAUCUCUGGGCCUACCGCGCAUUUCGGUUUCAGCAAAUUACGAACUUCGGUGUUUGCGGUAGGCCCUCAACGUUGGCCUCAAUUUUAAACCUUAAUUUGGUGAGUUUAAGGGUGAAUUUAGUAGAUUCAUUGGUGUGUCAAGCAGCAGGUAAUGUAUGACUUGGGCUAGCUGUAUGAGAUACGAUAAGUUUAUUUUGUUAUGUGGAAGCAAAGAAAUUGUUGAAUAGG